GAGUCUAGGUUUGGGCAAGUCUGCAGGGUGGAGAGAGCCCAGAAGGAGGAUAAAACUGAUUGGUAUCUGGAACUCUGGAGGUGGGCGUGUGUGGGUAGGACUAAGCGCUGGGGAGCAGACGGGGAGGGCGGGCUAGGGGGACGGGCCGGAGGCGGGCACUAGCCGCGCCCCUCGCUGGAGGAGAGAGGCCGAGCUAGCUGCAUUGCAGCCGCCGCGGCGCCGCUCUACUACUCACGGACUACAAUGGCGGCUCCAAGCCCGAGCGGCGGUAGCGGGAGCGGCUCUCCUAGCGCCGUAGGGCCCCCCGGGCCAGGCCACACGGCCGUCAGCAGCAUGCAGGGUAAACGCAAAGCAUUGAAGCUGAAUUUUGCAAAUCCACCUUUCAAAUCUACUGCACGGUUUACCCUGAAUCCUUCAGGAGUCCAAAACCCACACAUAGAGAGACUGAGAACACACAGCAUUGAAUCAUCAGGAAAACUGAAGAUCUCCCCUGAACAGCACUGGGAUUUCACUGCAGAGGACUUGAAAGACCUUGGAGAAAUUGGACGAGGAGCUUAUGGUUCUGUCAACAAAAUGGUCCACAAACCAAGUGGGCAAAUAAUGGCAGUUAAAAGAAUUCGGUCUACAGUGGAUGAAAAAGAGCAAAAACAGCUACUUAUGGACUUGGAUGUGGUGAUGCGGAGUAGUGAUUGCCCGUAUAUUGUUCAGUUUUAUGGAGCACUCUUCAGAGAGGGUGACUGUUGGAUCUGUAUGGAACUCAUGUCUACCUCGUUUGACAAGUUUUACAAAUAUGUAUAUAGUGUAUUAGAUGAUGUUAUUCCAGAAGAAAUUUUAGGCAAAAUCACGUUAGCAACUGUGAAAGCACUAAACCACUUAAAAGAAAACUUGAAAAUUAUUCACAGAGACAUCAAACCUUCUAAUAUUCUUCUGGAUAGAAGUGGCAAUAUUAAACUUUGUGAUUUUGGUAUUAGUGGACAACUUGUGGACUCCAUUGCCAAAACAAGAGAUGCUGGGUGCAGGCCAUACAUGGCACCUGAAAGGAUAGACCCAAGUGCAUCGAGGCAAGGAUACGAUGUCCGUUCUGAUGUAUGGAGUCUGGGGAUCACACUGUAUGAACUGGCUACGGGCCGAUUCCCUUACCCAAAGUGGAACAGCGUAUUUGAUCAGCUGACACAAGUAGUAAAAGGAGACCCCCCACAGCUGAGUAAUUCCGAGGAAAGGGAAUUUUCCCCAAGCUUCAUUAACUUUGUCAACUUGUGCCUUACAAAGGAUGAAUCCAAAAGGCCAAAGUAUAAAGAACUUCUGAAACAUCCCUUUAUUUUGAUGUAUGAAGAACGCACAGUGGAGGUUGCAUGCUACGUUUGUAAAAUCCUGGAUCAAAUGCCAGCAACUCCCACCUCUCCCAUGUAUGUUGAUUGAUAUUGCUGCUACAUCAAACUCUAGGAAAAGGGCUGAGAGGAAGCAAGAUGUAAAGAAUUUUCAUCCAUCACAGUGUUUUUAAUGCUUGCCCAGACACCAUGUGCAAUAAGUUUGGUGUUCAUCAUACAUCAUGUCUGUAUACUCUUGUCACAUAGAAAGUGCAUCCCUAUAAUAUCUGAUUGAUCACACAGUGUUAGUGCUGGUCAGAGAGACCUCAUCCUUCCCUUUUGUGAUGAACAGCUUCAUGAUAUGUGGAAGUCAGUAUAAUUGAUUUAUUGACGGUGAUUGGAUUGCAUUUUAAAUUCAUUUCUAGACUCAAAACUUGGAGAUGCAGCUACUAGAAUGGUGUUCUCAAAUUCCCACAUGUUUUAAGAAGGAGGCAACAUAGGAGUGCCAUAUGCGAAUGUAGAGGUGUAGGAUUGAAUGAGAAGAACUGACAAGGCCAAUGAGACAUAGCGCCUUCUGAAGUUGAACAACAAAAGAGGAAUUUACUUUCUUCACUAAGUGCAAUAGUUUACUGAUUUGAUGUUCUGUUGCUUUACAGUCAACGUGUAUGUUCUGGGGAUAGUGUGCUCAACUGAAUUUCCUGUUCAUGAAAUAUAUUAAAUUAGAAUGACUGUCUUUACCAAAAACAAUGUUGCAUUGAAAGGGACUAACAUUAAAACCCUGAGACAGGACAGAAUGUGUUCUUUUUCUCCUUUCCCAAUGUAACCGUUCUUCAUUGGGAAGAUCCAGGAACCUGCCAAUUUUCAGAGAAGGUGCUGACCCAAAGAAUCUUUGAUUUAUUAGAAUUCAGUGUGCUGCCAAAAUGAUGUUCCACCUACCACAAACCCCCAGAACUCUGAAAGAAGAGAAAAUAGUAUAAAGGAUAAAGUUGAACAAUUGAAAAAAAAAAAGCCCAAGGCUUUCUCCCAGGGAACUUAGAGUGAGACUCCAUUUCUGACUUUCCUUUGUUCCAGAUCUUUUCCAGACAAAAUGCAGUUCUAGAGAAAAGAAACAAAUUUCUUUGGUUGAUUAGGUAGAAGUUUGUUUCCUACAAACAGCCCAAGAUUUGCUUCUAUUCCAGAGCUUCAGUUCCUAAAAUAUUCACUUAAUAUGCGGUCUAUGGUUGCUUUAUUAUCAUUUGCUUAAUGUGCUAUUUGAACCUUGUAUCUUAUGUGACUUUUAUUUGCUCAAAAUCCCUAAAAAUAACCAUUACUCCCCAAUAAGUCAUAUAAUAUAUUUUAAUAUUAUAGAAAUUGGAAAAUAUGGCACACUGGAUAAGUGUGAUAAAAGAAUUAGAGAUAAAUUGGGCCAGAAGCUGAUUUGAAAUGGCUUCCUAGAAUUGGAAUUCUUCAUGGAUAAGAAAAGUUCAAGGAUGGAAAGUAUCAGAAAGGCAUUUAAGUCUUCUGCCUUUUUGCUAACAGUUAUCAGGCAGGCCCUCUUUAGGUGGCAACUGUGUACCUUCUCUCUAUCCUGGAUCACUAAAAAUUAUAUUGCGUGUAGCAAAAUUAUUGUGCAUGGUUAGAGGUAUGAUAGGGUAUGUAUUAGACACGAUCAAGUCUACAGGGGAUAUAUACCAUUACAGAACUAAAUGAUGGCAGCAAUUGCUUAUUUUCCCAGGGCUUGUGAUGGACAUUAAUAUUAGAAAAUGGAACAAUAAAGAAAGAAUGGUGCUAUUGGAAGUUACAUGCCUGUAAUUUCACAAUUUAAAAAUGGUUCUUCCUUUUUGGUUAUUAUGUGUACUUGUUAAAGACAUGAGAAAUGACAGGAUGUAUGCCUUCCUUCAUUAUAGCCAUUGCCCUUUCCUGCAUCUCUACUGAGAAGAGUGUUCUUCUCUGUUGUCAACUUCUUCCUGUCUGGUUCAGCACGUGGUCACUUUGCUAUUUUGCUAAUAAUGGAGAUGAAAGCAAUUCUGACUGUCUAGGAGCUAUUCUGACUAUUCUCUCAUGUGGAUGAUCUUAUAAGAGGCAAUUUAUUAGUGUAUUAAUCAUAGAUUAUUAUAAACUAUUAAGGGCAAGGAGUUUAUUACAAUGUAUCUAUUUUUUAAAAGAAGGUGUAUAGUGUUCACAGACUGUGAAAAUAGUGUAAGAACUGUACAUUGUGAGCUCUGGUUAUUUUUUUUUCUUGUACUAUAGAAAAAUGUAUAAAAAUUAUCAAAAAGCUAAUGUGCAGGGAUAUUGCCUUAUUUGUCUGUAAAAUGGAUCUUAGUAACAUAUCUGCUUCUCAGAGCUUUGGAAUAUUUUAUCCUGUAUUCUGGUUUGAAUUACUUCUCUAUUUAAGAUAUAUCAUGGAAUCGAAGUGUUUAUGUAAUAGUUCUAUCCUUUUUGCCUGCAGGUCAGUUGUAAUAAAUCUAGGAUGUAAUAAUGA